CUAGUUGAAAAUGUAGGAAACUGUAGGGUUUAGCACAGAAGACAAACCUGGAAAUCGGUAUUUAUAAUCGGCGUUUUCUAAAUGUUCCCGCUCAUAAACCAAAAAUAUGAGAGAUCUUCAGCUUCAAACACCACAGAGAGAUCAAAAUUCUGCAAAUCGGCGGCUGAAAACAGUUUCGGAUCCCAAUAGGAAUCUGCAGAAGACCGCGAAAAAGAGCUUGAAUCCUUUGUUUAAAUGUCACUCCGAAGAUGAUUCUGCUAUUUUGCAGUCGCUGAAGGAGUUUUCCGAGGCUUCAGAUGAUAAUUCCUUUGCUGAAUCUGCUGAGAACUCUUUGGCGUCAGCUCAUCCAGCAAAGACACAAUCAUUAGAGUCAGAUGCUGUCUCAGAUCUGACUUCAACGCUAUCCUCCUCCUCUUUGACUGCUACUCCUUACAAGCAUGUUUCCAUUGAAACAGCCUACACCGACAAACCUGAAAUGGAUUCUAUCAAGAUGGGAGGAUCAGUUGAGGCAGAGGUAGUGAUAAAACAUUUAAGAGAAGCUAGAGUUCAAGUCUUGAAAUCAAAAGAUAUUGGCCCUUCAAAGAAUGUCGUGGAGGCUCUCAUAAACAUCAUCAUUGAAGAGUUUUGUGGUAGUGUUUAUGAAGAGGAUGAAUGGCUUGAUAAACUCCUGUCGAGUAAGCGCAAUCAGGUUUCCUUGAUCUGUAUUAUGGUGCUAUUCUCUCUGUUGAUGGUUUGGUUCCUCAGUUCGAGUUCAAAUGGAUCCCUCACUGGACCAACACCAACAUAAUGUGCUAAUUGUGACUAUUUGUGGAUAAGAGAUUGGAAGAGUAGCUGCUGUGGAAUAAACAAAUGUGAGUAGGAAUCCAUGAAAUGGAAAAAUUCUGCUAUCUACCAACUGUUUUGUUUCAAUGUUGCUUUAGCAGCCAAAUUAUGCAUAAGCAUGAAAUGGAAAAACUCUGCUAUCUACCAACUGUUUUGUUUCAAUGUUGCUUUGGCAGCCAUAUUUUUGCCUCUUUUUUCAA